CCUCCUAUAUCAGUAAAGUGGAAACGAGGAAAGCGACCGUAAAAUAAUGGAAGGGGAACUCCGGAGCUCGUUAUCCGUCGCUGCGCUCUCCCUCGUCCUCCUCUUAACGCGCGCCGCGGGCGCAUCUUACGAGGCGGGCCCCAGGAUCCGGCAGGUGACGUCAGCCCUAGGGAGCCCGGAGGCGGAGUUCGAGGCGUUCGUGCGGGGGUACGGGAAGGAGUACGGGGACCGGGCGGAGUACGCUCACCGGCUGGGGGUGUUCGCGCGGAACAUGGUCCGCGCGGCGGAGCACCAGAUCCUGGACCCCACCGCGGAGCACGGGAUCACGCCCUUCUCCGACCUCACCGAGGACGAGUUCGAGGCGCGGCUCACGGGCCUCGGGGCGAGGGAGAGGAAGGGGCACUGGCACCCGACCGCGCCGGAGACGGACGUGGAGGGCCUCCCCUCGAGCUUCGAUUGGAGGGAGAAGGGAGCGGUUACGGACGUUAAGACGCAGGGCGUGUGUGGAUCGUGCUGGGCAUUUAGCACAACCGGAGCGGUGGAAGGCGCGAACUUUGCAGCAACUGGGAAGCUCCUGAGCCUCAGUGAGCAGCAACUCAUUGACUGUGACCAUACAUGCGAUGCUGUGGAGAAAGACGAGUGCGACAACGGGUGCAACGGCGGGCUCAUGACGAACGCCUACCGCUACCUGAUGCAAGCGGGUGGACUGGAAGAGGAGAGAUCUUACCCUUACACUGGAAAGCAAGGGGAGUGCAAGUUCAACAAAGACAAGAUCGCCGUUCGCAUCGCAAACUUCACAAACAUACCUCUUGAUGAGGAUCAAAUCAUGGCUAAUCUCGUUCGCCGCGGGCCUCUUGCAGUUGGUCUGAAUGCGGCUUUCAUGCAGACUUAUAUCCGAGGGGUGUCCUGCCCGCUGAUAUGCCCGAAGAAGUGGGUGAACCAUGGCGUGCUUCUCGUCGGUUACGGGUCCAGAGGAUUUUCGAUCCUCAGGCUCGGAUACAAGCCGUAUUGGAUCAUAAAGAACUCGUGGGGUGAGCACUGGGGAGAAAACGGAUACUACCGACUUUGCAGGGGACAUAACAUUUGCGGCAUAGAUAGCAUGGUGUCUGCAGUAGCAGCCUCGCCGUCGAGGUAGAUGUCGUGUGCUUGGAUGUUCGCAAGUUAACUGCAUCAAGUCUCUUUAAUCUUUGUCUUUACGAAUGCUUAACGUUCCGACCUUUUGUGCUUACAUGAGUCAUUCUGUAUGUGGCAUGGCGAUAGCGAACAAUAGCGUUUUGAUUUAGUAGCUAGCUUACAUCCUCAGGUGCCUUGCAGCCGUAUUAUGUUUAGAAUGAAGCAAUAAUGAUUAGCAUUACCUUUUGUUUUACUAAAGUUUUUGGUUAUCAAGUAGUUGGCACCA